CUGGAAGGCGCGAUCCAGGCUGCGGCCGCGGUGCCGCAUGAGGUAGGCGGUGCAGACGGCGGCUGAGCGACUGCGGCCGUUCUUGCAGUACACGAGGCAGGAGCCGCCGUCGCGCACCGCGGCCUCCAUGGCGGCGCAGGUGGGCUCCAGGUGCGUCAGCAGGUCCUCGGCUGGGUCGUCGAACACGGGCACGCGCAGCUCGGCCACUCCGGGUGCGCGCGGCCCGGGCUGCUGGCGGGAGACGUUGACGCACAGGGUGAUGCCCGCGCGCACCAGCAGCUCCGUCGCGCCCGCGGCUCGCGCAGUCCCGAUGAAGAGCGCGGGGGCGACGCGCGCGAACGGCGGCUGCGCGGCCUCGGAGGUGCCCAUGAGCCCUGCGACCCUAGGGUCAUCUAGGGGCUGCGAGUCGCGAGGCCCUGGCUCUGGCCACUAGGAGGCGACCUCACCCGCUCGUUGGGCGGAGCCUUUCCUGGCUUCGGCUCAGGAUUGGCUAAAUUGACGGUGGGUGGGGCCGGCAGCUGGCGAUUUGGCUGCAGGACUGGGAGGCCCUUCAUCCGCCCUGGUCUAGCUCUUAUGACUAGCGUCUUUAGUGAGGGCCAAGGGGCUGGCCCUCUGCCCAGGACAGCGGGCCACAGGAUCCCUCUAAGGGAUCACAGAGAGGAUGAGGAGGAGUCUGAAGGCACCAUAGGAGAGCAGUACCUGAAGGGGACCUACAUGCAGCUUGUCCAAGGGGUUCAGGAGUGGCAGGAUGGCUGUGUUUACAAAGGGGAGUUUGGACUCAACAUGAAGCUUGGCUACGGCGAGUUCUCUUGGCCCACAGGCGAGGCCUACCAUGGGCAGUUUUACCGGGACCAUUACCAUGGCGUGGGCACCUACACGUGGCCGGAUGGCUCCAGCUUCACAGGCACGUUUUAUCUCAGCCAACGAGAAGGCUAUGGCACCAUGUACACAAAAACAAAGUUAUUCCAGGGAUUGUACAAAGAGGACCAGAGGUUCGGGCCAGGCAUUGAGACCUACCCUGACGGCAGUCAGGAUGUUGGACUGUGGUUCCGUGAGUACCUCCUUAAGCUGUGCACAAGGGUUCCCAGCAGUUUCUCCUUGAUAAACUUCCCUGAAUUCUUGGCCUUCCUCACAAGCUCAAGAAAGAAAAUCAACCUCUCAGAUGACGAGAAGGCCGAGUCUGGGCUUUCUGAGGAGCAGGACCCCUUCUUCUAUGACUACAAACAGUAUCUCCUGAAUGAUGACCUCAAGCUGCCUCCAGAGAUGCACGUCUAUUCGACCGACAACAGUCACCUGCCCAUGACCGACUCCCUGCGCAAAGAGCUAGAUGACCGCAUCUUCAUGAACGAGAUCCCUCCGUUCAUUGAGGACGAAGAACCCUGGCUUAUAACAAAUGAGACUCCUUUGUUGGUCAAAAUCCAGAAGCAAACUUACAAGUUCAGGAACAAGGAUGCUCAUACGAGCUGGAACAUACCUGCCAUCCUGGAGGGUAACCGCAGCAGGUUUGGGCCCAGUGGCCCCAAGGAGCAGAUUUCCAAGAAGAUGAUCCUGAAGGCUGAGGAAGGGGACUAUAACUGGAUUUUUGGAAUCUUGAGGGACAACCUUGCCUGUGCUGACGUGGCUGACUCUAAGGGCUACACUGUGCUCGCUGCUGCGGCUAUGCAUUCUCACCUGGACAUUGUGAACCUUCUCCUGGAUUACGGAGCUGACGUGAACAAGUGCACGGAUGAGGGCAUCACACCCCUCAGCAUGUGUUUCCUCCAGUAUUACCCCAGCAAAUCCUUCCACCCCAACAUUGCUGAGAGGACCCUGCUUCAGGAAUCUCCUAAAUCCUUGGUCACCCCCAAGAUUUCAUUCUUGUUUGCGGAUCCAAACAUAGACUAUCUCUGCGAUGCGGGCAUGCCCAUAAUGGGUGGAGAGGAGUUAAAGACCCCUCUGCAGCCCUCAAGCAGCCCAGAAGAGUCCCUGAACUCCAUACCGUUCCCGGAGAUCAGCAACGUGUUUCACAAGCAAGAUGUCUCCCCUGCGAAGACUGUCAGCCCUGAUGCGGAGAAUGAGCUGGAGGAGGAAGAGGCAGAAAAUGUGGACGCUAGCACCUUGUACAGCAUUGACACAAACUUCGAGUCUACCAAGUGUCUGCGAAACUACACCAUCAAUGUCUCGAGGGACAUCCUGGAGAAGAGUGCCCAGGCCUACAGUUCGCUGGUACAGAUCCCCUGCUUCCCAUACAAAGGGACCCCCUGCUUCCCGUACAAAGGGACCGUGAGGAAAAUGGCACAGACCAUGGUUGAACGCAGAAACCGUUGGAUGACCAUCACGUUGCUGCUACGUAGGGGUGCUGACCCUAACCUAUGUCAAGUGCCCAUGCAGGCUCUGUUUCUCGCCGUGAAGGCUGGGGAUGUGGAAGGGGUGAGGCUGCUACUGAUGAGCGGGGCCCAGACGGACAUUCAGUAUCCUCCACAGCUGCAGUCCCUGACCCCGCUCCACAUCGCAGUCUCACUUCCUGGGGAAGAGGGCGUGAAGAUCACCGAGCUGCUGCUCCACGCAGUCACUAACGUGGAUGCCAAGGCAGCGGACCAAGACUGCGCAUACAAAGGUGGCAAGACUGAUCUCCUGCCCUCGAGCCUGAAGCUCAAUAACGAGCCGGGCCCACCCAAGAGCUACUACUCUACGCACACCUUCAUCCCAGAGGAGGGUGGGCGCACAGCUCUGCACGUGGCCUGUGAGAGAGAGGACAAUAAGAAGUGUGCCAGGGACAUAGUGCGGCUCCUUCUGUCCCACAGAGCGAAUCCAAACAUGCUGUGGAGCGGCCACUCCCCGCUCUCCCUGGCCAUUGCCAGUGGGAAUGACCUGGUUGUGAAGGAGCUCCUGUCUCAGGGAGCUGACCCCAACUUGCCUCUGACCAAAGGCUUGGGCACUGCCCUGUGUGUUGUGUGUGACCUGGUCUAUGAGCAACAGAGGAGCAUCGACAACAAGAUUGCCCUGAUUGACCGGCUCAUCAGCUACGGGGCGGAUGUCCUGAACCCUGUGACGCUUGUGCAAGGUGAAAAGACAGCGGUAGGCACAGCAGUCGAUUACGGCUACUUCAAGUUCUACCAGGACCGGAAGAUUGCCCACUGUCCCUUUCACGCUCUGAUGCCAGCAGAGCGGGAGGUAUUCAUGGCCCGGAAAAGGCUGUUGGAGUACUUGGGCUUGCAACUGCGGCUUGCUGUCCUCAACAAGGAAAGCCAACUGGACACAAAGGCGCUGUACCUGAGCAAGAGAGCAGAGCUGGCUCCCUGCCACAGGCUGAAGAAGAGAGGUUCCACCUCGGCUAAGAUCAUGCCCGUGGAGAAGCAAUCCAUUCCCUUUUACAAGUUUUGCUACCAGUGUGGCCGCUCCAUUGGGGUCCGCCUCUCACCCUGUCCCCGCUGCUAUGGAAUCUUGACCUGUAGCAAGUACUGCAAGACCAAGGCCUGGAUUGAGUUCCAUAAAAAGGACUGCAAUGACAUCAUGGCCAUAAGGAGGACUCUCCAGUUCCAAAUGUCUCAGGUGUUCAUGAGAGUCCAGCCUGAAAAGUAUGAGGAGCAGAAGAACCAGGUGUCUAUGAGUGACCAGCUCAAAAAGAAUGUGGAACAGAAUAACCAGGUGUUUAUGAGUGACCAGCUCAAAAAGAAUAUGGAGCAGGAUAACCAGGUGUUUAUGAGUGACCAGCUCAAAAAGAAUAUGGAGCAGAAUAACCAGGUGUCUAUGAGUGACCAGCUCAAAAAGAAUAUGGAGCAGAAUAACCAGGUGUCUAAGAGUGACCAGCUCAAAAAGAAUGUGGAGCAGAAGAACCAGGUGUCUAUGAGUGUCCAGCUCAAAAAGAAUGUGGAGCAGAAGAACCAGGUGUCUAUGACUGACCAGCUCAAAAAGAAUAUGGAACAGAAGAACCAGGUGUCUAUGAGUGACCAGCUCAAAAACAACCCAGAGCAGGAGUCCAGGAGGAGAGCUUGCUGGACUGCCUGACAUGGUGCUCCACCUACAGUCACCAGUGAGCACCAACAUGCCCACCUCUCCCCACAGGGAGGCUAUACUGAGCCUCUAUCUCAUGCCAUAGCUAUCUCUUCUGGCCAUUCAAGGAGGAAGGACUCUCCCAGGAAAACACUGGGCUACCUGGCACCAGGGCUUCCCAGAACUUAUAAGAAGGCAGAGAGUGAGGACACAGCUGCUACCCUGGGCCUGGGCACUGCAAGUAUCCUUGGGUGGGAAUCUAAUGCCCAGCCAGAGCUGUGCCCUUUGGAAGAGCCUCCCUUCUGGGAGCUGUGGCCCAGUAGCCUAUGGGGUGGGGCCUGAUUCCCUGUGCCUAUACAGGCUCCACUGAAUGGCAACACUGUAAAACGUACUUGGGCAGCAGUGUGGGCCCCCAUUCUUGUUAAAGCACACAUGACACAUGGCCGAGCAGGGCUUCUUUGAGUCUGGGCUACUGAGUGAGCUUCCUAGCAGUGGAGGUAGGCACUGUGUAUACAGGGACAGGCCAGCUCCUUGGGGGUGAGGGUGAACUAGCCCUGAGUAUCUUAAGUUACUUAGAAUGUUUCUGCAGAUGUAGGAGAGCUUGGGACAGAUUGGUGUAUCAGGACAUCCCUGUUCCUUACAUGGCUCUCUUGGGUACCUCUGAGACACCCUGGCAGGAAUGAGAACUUUUUUUAUGGCUAAGACAAUGGCAUGUACACUGAGGUGAGUUAAAGAGGUGGAAGACUGGUGGAGCCCACACAGGCUGUCUGGCUCUGGUAUCCUGGCCCCCUCCUCCCAUGAACUUUGGCAUGUCCAGUUGGCACAAACAGGUAUCUUCCCAGAUGUUCAAUGGUUGCCACCACAUGGAAACCUCAGGACUUUGCUACAGGGGCACCCCAUCUUCAACCCCCUUCCAACAUGCUCUGGAUCUGUGUGCAUAUCUGUUGCACCCCUCCCCCUAUCUCAGCUCCCUCCCUCUUGCCUGAGCUCGGUGGCAGAGCUUACACCUGGGACUGAAGCCGGCCACCUGUGGGGCCCACAACACUGAAGCCCAUCCUGGAACCAAGAGACGGACUUACAGCUAGCUCCUGACACAUCUCCUGUUUGCUGACAUGCUGAAUGUAAACAGAACUGACUGCCUGAGAAAGGAAUCUGCAGAGAACCUGGUGUCUCCACGUCUGCUGUUGUAUUUACGUUAUGCAUAUAUUAUGUCUAGAUAUUGUGGUUUCACUUUUGUGCCUGCAUAUAUAAGCUUGAAAUACCCUCAAGUAAAUGGGAUGCCUUGACUGGGACUCAA